AUGGCCUUUAUAAACUCGUCUUUGAUUGCUAUAAUACCUUCGUUAAACCCUAAGUGAUUGUCUGUCUCCUUCUUCUUCCUACUUUCACGCAGCAGCUUUGAGCAAGUCAGUUAGUGACUUGAGUGAUAAGAUGCUUGUACUAUUCGAGACACCAGGGGGUUUUGCCCUGUUUAAAGUCCUAGAUGAAGGAAGGCUGUCUAAUGUUGAGGAUUUGGGUAAAGAGUUCGCAUCUCCUGACUCAGCACGAAAGAUGGUUAAGCUAAAAGCUUUUGACAAAUUUGACAACACAUCCGAAGCUCUAGAAGCAGUCGCUAAAUUGUUGGAGGGAGCUCCGAGCAAAGGUCUGCGCAAAUUUUUGAAAGCUAACUGUGAAGGUGAAACUCUUGCUGUAGCUGAUUCAAAGCUUGGGAAUGUGAUCAAGGAGAAGCUGAAAAUCGAUUGUGUUCACAACAAUGCUGUUAUGGAGCUUUUACGUGGGGUUAGAAGUCAAUUUACAGAACUCAUAUCUGGUUUAGGUGAUCAAGACUUGGCUCCAAUGAGCUUGGGUUUGUCUCACAGCCUAGCUAGAUAUAAGCUGAAGUUCAGUUCUGACAAGGUGGAUACCAUGAUUAUCCAAGCUAUCGGUUUGCUGGAUGAUCUGGACAAAGAAUUGAACACAUAUGCAAUGAGGGUUAGAGAAUGGUAUGGAUGGCAUUUUCCCGAGCUCGCUAAGAUCAUACAGGACAAUAUAUUAUAUGCCAAAUCAGUGAAAUUGAUGGGAAACCGAAUUAAUGCUGCAAAGUUAGACUUCUCUGAGAUAUUAGCGGAUGAAGUUGAGGCGGAAUUGAAGGAAGCUGCUGUGAUAUCUAUGGGAACAGAAGUCAGCGACCUUGACCUACUGCACAUCCGUGAACUCUGUGACCAGGUUCUUUCUCUUGCUGAGUACAGAGCCCAGCUUUACGAUUACCUGAAGAGCAGAAUGAACACGGUUGCUCCUAAUCUAACUGCUUUGGUUGGUGAGCUUGUCGGUGCUCGUCUAAUUUCUCAUGGUGGUAGUUUAUUGAACCUCGCCAAGCAACCUGGGAGCACAGUUCAGAUUCUCGGAGCCGAAAAAGCUCUGUUUAGAGCACUCAAGACAAAGCAUGCCACACCCAAGUACGGUUUGAUCUACCAUGCAUCCGUGGUUGGUCAAGCAGCACCGAAGCACAAGGGAAAGAUCUCGCGGUCAUUAGCUGCUAAAGCCGUUCUUGCUAUUAGGUGUGAUGCUCUUGGUGAUGGCGAAGAUAACACAAUGGGAAUUGAAAACCGAGCUAAGCUUGAAGCGAGGCUGAGAAAUCUCGAAGGAAAAGAUUUAGGUCGUCUAUCUGGUUCAGCUAAAGGGAAACCUAAGAUUGAAGUUUAUGACAAGGAUAAAAAGAAGGGAUCUGGUGGUCUUUUCACUCCUGCUAAGACGUACAACUCUGCUGCAGAUUCUCUUCUUGGCCAAACGUCGUCUAAAUCUGUGGCUGAAGACAGUGUAGAGCCAUCGAAGAAAUCGAAGAAGAAAGAAAAGAGGAAGAAUAAGGAGGUGGAAGUAGAAGAUGAACCCGAAAAAGAGGAGGAAUCGAAGAAGAAGAAGAAGAGGAAGAAAGCUGAGACAGAAACUGAAGCCGUAGAGGUUGCAAAGGAGGAGAAGAAGAAGAAGAAGAAGAAGAGAAAGCAUGAGGAAGAAGAAACAUCUGAAACACCGGCCAAGAAGAAAGAUAAAAAAGAUAAGAAAAAAAAAAUAAAGGAUUGAGGAAGAGAAAAAAGGUUUUGAUAAAUUUAUUGAGUGUAAGAUUUAGUGUUUUUUUUUUUUUUUUAAUUUUGAAAUCAUCACUUUGAAUGAUGAAGUCGUAUUUUAAACUACUUUCACCUGAGACUUGUUUUAGAUUUAAAUUUUGAAACUGUC